AUGAAUAUGGUACAGGAAGUUGUCCAGCAAAUCACCCUACCUACAGAUGCCAAUGAGAAACUGCUUUACGACGCGAAAUUGCUGUCAUGCGCAGCUGUCACACAGCCUUUUGAAUAUAUGAUCACGAAAGGCCUUCCGUAUAGUGUACUGACAAAUGGUCAUAUAAAGGUGGUUCUUCAUGUCUCUGAAGAAGAUCCGACCACCUUGUACUAUUGCCUCCUUGAGCCUAGCAAGGACGUUGAGGCGAAAUUGGAUGAUGGCUAUGGUUUCCGGUACCCAUAUACAGCCAUUGGCUCCCAACUAGUGCUGACAAUAAUGGCGCUCCAAAAACCGCAACGCAGCCAACUCUGGCGCAAUGAGGCUAUGAGGCGACUGAGUAGGUGGGAAGUGGAUUUUGAGGAGGCGGUUAGAUCUAUCCCAGAAUCGGAAAGGAGAAAGAGUCCACCGGAUUCAGAUUGGCGAGCACCCCGCUAUCCCAUCGACCCUCGGUCACCUUACCUCCUACGACGACGAAAGGUUCCCGAAUUCGAUCCCCCCUUAACUGGCAACCGAGACACACCGGAGUCUUCAAGUGAGUCCGAUACGGCCCUGCCUCGAAUCCCGUCUUCUCCGGUUCCUGUGCAGAGGAGGAAACGACAACGAACGUUGAAUCCUCAAAGUGGUCCCAGGAAUUCCGGUCAGAGUCGCCCUCCAAACAAAGAGUAUUGUACACAAGCAUGUCUUCAAGGUCUCGCUCAUAAAUGUGAAUUUGAUUUCAAGUGUCCGAAUCUGUCCUUCCAUCAGAAACAUUCGUCAAACGGCCGACAUCCACUUUCGCAAUCAGACUUGGUCAAGCUUGUAAGCGAACAACUGAACCGUGACCCUGAUCACUGUUGCCGUCCAAUGGGAAAAGAAGGACUACACGGUUCUCUUUUUACCAUUACCCUAGAUGCUUAUGGCUAUACAUUUGUCGGCAAAGGAACUGAGUAUACCUCCAAUUACGAAGCCAGUAUUUACCAAGCUCUUAGAGCUCUGCAAGGGUACGCUAUCCCUGUAUAUCUCGGAGAUAUCUACCUGCGGCAGAACAUAUACUAUUUGCCCACCCGUGUCAUCGUGCAUAUUUCCUUAAUGUCAUGGGGUGGAAAGGCCUUGAAGGAAGACGAGUGCUCCUUCUUCAAGAACGAGAUUGACCGAACAAGAUCCGAAAUCAGCGAUGCUGGCAUUGAACAUCUUGACGAGCGCGCGCCGAACAUGUUGUGGAACGAGGAGGUGCAACGUGUCAUGUUCAUUGACUUCGGUCGUGCACAGGUCACUCGGAAACGGAAAUCUUCGGGACCGAAGCCGCCUUCGUCAAAGUCUAAGAGACAGAGGAUAAAUAUGCGUUAUGAGGUCGCUGUCUAG